AUGCGUGUAUUGCUUCUAAAGGAGCCAAAAGACGGAGAUUCUGGACCUGACCCUUACAUUAAGGAAUUGGCAUCACAUGGACACAAAGCAACUCUAAUUCCUGUGCUGUCUUUUAAGUUUGUGUCACUGAACACCUUGUCAGAUAAGCUUUUUCAACCAGACAAACAUGGUGGCCUCAUAUUUACGAGCCCAAGAGCGGCAGAGGCUGCCCAGAUGUGUUUAGAAUCAAAAGAAAGAAGAGAAGAGUGGAACAAAACGGUGAAAGACAAAUGGAACGCAAAAUCCGUCUAUGUUGUUGGAAAGGCAACUGCAGCAUUAGAUGACCUCUGA